UACCCCUAAUCUGGGGAAAAGAUAGGGCACAUCCACCCUAUCUAUUCCUCUUGUGAUUUUAGACACCUCCAUAAGAUCGCCCCUCAACCUCCAGCGAUCAAAGGAAUAAAGUCCUAGCCCACCCAAUCUCUCACGAGGGUUCAGACCCUGGUGUCCUUCCAUAGAAAAAUUAUUACAUUGGUUACAUUUCCUGAAUUUGCUUUUGCAAAACUCUGAUUUGUAUCGUGCAGUUACACUUGGUACUUUCUGUUUAUCACCCUGUGUUGUAGUUCUGAUUAUACAGUACUCAUUAAACAGCACAGCCCUGUUAUUAUAUAACACCAUGUCUUCUGAGUGGCACAGCAGGAGAUUACUCUUGUUUUAUAUUCAUUUUACAAUUGUUUAGCAAUGCUGUGAAAAGGAUGAAAAUGUGUUUAUGUGGCUUUCAGUCACAGCCUGACAGCAGACAUUGAUUCUGAAGUGAUUAUGAUAGAAUGCAGAAUUCUUAUCUUCAUGAAUCCAAAGUCACUUAUCUUGGUCUGUUCUUUAAAUAGGAAUCCGUCCAUCAUAGAAACAUAGAAACAUAGAAAUUAGGUGCAGGAGUAGGCCAUUUGGCCCUUCGAGCCUGCAUCGCCAUUCUAUAUGAUCAUGGCUGAUCAUCCAACUCAGUAUCCCGUACCUGCCUUCUCUCCAUACCCUCUGAUCCCCUUAGCCACAAGGGCCACAUCUAACUCCCUCUUAAAUAUAGCCAAUGAACUGGCCUCGACUACCCUCUGCGGCAGAGAGUUCCAAGAGAUUCACCACUCUCUGUGUGAAAAAAGUUCUUCUCAUCUCGGUUUUAAAGGAUUUCCCCCUUAUCCUUAAGCUGUGACCCCUUAUCCUGGACUUCCCCAACAUCGGGAACAAUCUUCCUGCAUCUAGCCUGUCCAACCCCUGAAGAAUUUUGUAAGUUUCUAUAAGAUCCCCUCUCAAUCUCCUAAAUUCUAGAGAGUAUAAACCAAGUCUAUCCAGUCUUUCUUCAUAAGACAGUCCUGACAUCCCAGGAAUCAGUCUGGUGAACCUUCUCUGCACUCCCUCUAUGGCAAUAAUGUCCUUCCUCAGAUUUGGAGACCAAAACUGUACGCAAUACUCCAGAUGUGGUCUCACCAAGACCAUCAUCAUCCCAAUUGAAGGGCUUCCAAUGCUGGUGCUUACACGUAAAGUGCUCCAUAAUUCGUAUCAACAAAGAGCGAAGCUUUGCCAGAUGCCCAAACAGCUUCGACGGCAGAAAGCCCAUACAUUAAGAUGAAAGGAGUCAGCCUUCCCUCUGCUGGGCCAUGGAUUUAUGUUGACUGAAACGAUCAAAGUCAAAUUCUUCGUUUCUCAUGGUAUUUUGAUUCGGGGAAGGUGGAGUGCGAGAGGAUGAUGGCAAUAAAUUUACAGCUCCAUCCAUUUUUCAGCUUGUCGUUAUACAAAAGGUAACCACUGUAUAUUGUAUUGGGCUAAAAUCCCUGCUCUGUAUUCACAUCAUAUUUGCUGCUCAUGUUUAGAUUAGUUUUGUUUAGUUUAAUUUAAUUUAGUUAAUAGAUACAGCAUGGACAGGCCCUUUGGUCCACUGAGUCCACGCUGACCAUUGAUCACCUGUUCACACUGGUUCCACGGUGUCUUUUUCACCCAUUCCUACACAUUGAUUACAAUUUUAUGGAGGCCAAUUAGCUUAUAAACCCGCACAUCUUUGGUAUAUGGGAGGAAACCGGCACACCCAGAAGAAACCCAAGUGGUUACAUGGAGAUUGUGCAAACUCCACCAAGAUAGCACCUGAUGUCAAGAUUAGACCAGGGUCUCUGGCGCUGCGAGACAGUAGCUCUAACAGCCGAGUAUCUGUUACCUUCUGAUCAGGGGCGGAUUAACCAUUAAGCAGACUAAGCACGUGCUUAGGGCACCAGGGCCAAAGGGGGCACCACAAAGUUGGGAAAAGGGUGAAAAGAAAAAAAAACGAAUGAAGAUUUGUAAAAAAAAAAAAAUUGAUAAAACUAGUGCAAAUUGAUCAUAAUGUUCUGUUUCUUGAUCAUGGUGCACCCUAGGAUUAUCAUCCCAGGUGUACCACAAGGUGCACUCUGACCUCUGUCAGUCAGUAAGAUCAUUAACACUGUCACAUGUUUCCUGUUGUGGAAUAUUCUCGACUGACCUCUGUGCCUCAGACAUGAUGUGUGCGAUAUCCUUGGAAAUCUAAGACCACUGCACUGCCCCAUGUAAACGUCAAAAAUGAAGCGUGUUCAGUUGAGUGGUGCGCAAAAGAGAAAACGUGCAAAAGAGAAUGAGCAAAAUAAUCUGUCUGUUGUAGCCAAGACAGGAAAGCUGACAGAUUUCUUCUUGCAAACUGCAGAGAAAGAUGAUCCAGAUCAAAACCAGUGUCAGUCUUCAGAGACAGCAAGUGAAUCAAAUCUAUCUCCUUCAUCAGAAACAGGCAGUGUUGGUGCAAGGCCAGAUUUUCCUGAUGACGUUGCACAUGAUGAAGUGCCACAACCUGGACCUAGUUCUACGACAAGAUGUAUAAAUGCUUUUGAACUGUCCAAGGAGUUUAGAGAACUGACCAAGGAUGAAAUGAACAAAGCUAAGGACCCAGGGUUGUGGGAUGAAUUUUAUGGUGAUGAUGUGACUUAUUGGGUUGCUUGUGGACCCAGUGAAUGUCAGCACCACAAUGGGCCAUUUGACAAAUCGUGUCGCAAUUUCAUCAGUGGGAAGCCAAAGAGAUACUGUUCACAGAAAAUCUUUUUUGGAAUAAAAGCCAAUGGUGAACACUACAAGAGAGAAUGGCUGUUGUACUCUCCUUCAAAAGGAUCAGUUUACUGUUUUGUUUGUAAACUAUUUGCGCCCAAGGGGUCAACAUUUUACUAG